GUUUCGCUAACGAGCGAUUUUAUCGCUGGUUUCUGUGGUGAAACUGAUCGUGAUCAUCUGCAAACGCUGGAGUUGAUUCGUCACGUUAAGUAUUCGUUCUGUUAUGUGUUCCCAUACAGUAUGCGCGAGAGAACGAGAGCGUAUCAUCGACUGAACGAUGAUGUUCCAUUGGAAGUUAAACAACAGAGGCAUUUAGAGCUAGCGAAAGUGUUUCGUGAACAAUCUCUGAUCCUUAAUAAAUCUCUUAUCGGUAGUGUGCAGCUUGUUCUGGUUGAAUCGGUUUGUUUUAUGAUUGCAGUAUUACUAAGGAAUUUUCAUUCAUUGCUUUAUACAUCUAUUCGUCACAAUCCCUUUUGA